CUUGACUACCAUUGCUCUAUCGUUACCUUCAAGCUCGAAUUUGCUGGUUCAAUUUUUGAUCACGGUCAUCGCUAUCAAGAAGGAUCCCUUCUGCCUCUCCUUGCGUCGCCUUUUUCUCUCCGCUCUCUGUUACUAGGGAUUAACCCGACACUCUCCGCUCUAACCCUUCCAAACUCUCUCCAUUGCACCCACCCUUGCCCGCCGCGCUCGGUCUUUCUUCAUACCAAAUCUUUCACAAUGUCAUCUCGUGUCGGUCUCCGCUUCUUCCAGAACUCCCGCGCCGCUUUCCGCAAUGCAUAUGGUCCCUUCCGUCGGUCUGGCGCCCAGGGUUUCCGCUUCCAAAGCUCAGAUGCCGCCGCGGCCGAGCAACAGAGCUUUUUCCAGCGUCUAUGGAACAGCCCCGUCGGUGUGAAGACGGUGCAUUUCUGGGCCCCCGUUAUGAAGUGGGCUCUCGUCAUUGCCGGUAUCUCCGAUUUUAGCCGUCCUGCCGAGAAGCUGUCCCUGACCCAGAACGGUGCUCUGAUGGCCACCGGUGCCAUCUGGACUCGCUGGUGCAUGAUCAUCACUCCUAAGAACUACCUGCUUGCUGCUGUCAACUUCUUCCUUGGUAUUGUCGGUGUUGUCCAGGUCAGCCGUAUCGUUUCUUACCGCCGCAGCCUGGAUGGCUCUACCACUGAGGCUGUGAAGGAUCUGGAAAAGGAAGUGGUUGAUGAUGCCAAGGCUGCGGCUGCUACCGCCAAAGCCGCUGUCAAGAAGUCGGUCUAAAUGACCCUUUUUGGACACAAUCAGAAGGGGAUUUUGGGAUCAUGUAAGCUGGGCACUCAACCAAAACUAGAUUAGAUCCCCCCUUGUCUCUUCGGAGGAUGAGAUUGUCGGUGUAUGUACCAUUCGGAUGGUUUACCACUAAGCGACCGAGGAGACAAGGAGGAACCCCGCUGGGAAUUUCCUUUUUUAUCCCUUCUUGCGCCUGUACAUAUUUCAAUUGACUAGAAUGAAGAAGUUUCGAGGCUUGU